AUGGAGAUAUGGAACAACAGGACCACUGGAAAUGACUUUGUUCUCCUGGGGCUAUUUCACUGCAUCUUUGUCCCCAAGCUACUUUUUACUUUCAUCUUUCUAGUUUUUCUUGUGGCCCUUAUUGUCAACAUUAUGAUGGUGAUACUAAUUUGGUUGAACUCUAAUCUCCAUACUCCUAUGUACUUUCUUCUCAGUCAACUUUCCUUGAUGGACCUCUUGUAUAUCUCUACUUUUGUUCCCAAGAUAGCCAUUGACUUUUUGUCUGGACGAAACAACAUUUCCUAUACUAACUGUGGAAUCCAGCUCUUCCUCUUCAUGACUCUGGUGGGAGCAGAGUGCCUUCUCCUGGCAGUCAUGGCUUACGAUCGCUAUGUGGCUAUAUGCCAUCCCCUUCACUACUCCAUUCUCAUGCGCCCUACAGUUUGCAUUUUCAUGGUGGCUGGCACUUGGCUGGGUGCACUUAUCAAUGCCUUCAUCCAUGUUGUCUAUGUUCUGAAUCUUCCUUUUUGUGGCUCCAGAGAAAUCCAUCAUUUCUUUUGUGAGAUCCCAGCUCUCCUGAAACUUGUUUGUGCUGACACUUCUCUUUAUGAAAAUGGUCUUUUUAUCAGUGGUGUUAUAUUUCUCCUCUUUCCAAUAUCUGCCAUCAUGGCCUCAUAUGGGCAGAUUCUCUCCACUGUUUUAAGAUUAGAAUUAAACAUGGGGAUGAGGAAGGCUUUGUCAACUUGUUCUUCCCAUAUGAUUGUGGUGAUUCUCUUCUAUGGAACUGCCAUCAUCAAAUAUUUUCUCCCCAAAUCCUAUCACACUGCUGAUCAGGACAAAGUGGUCUCUAUCUUCUACACCAUCCUCACUCCUAUGCUCAAUCCCCUCAUCUACAGCCUGAGAAACAAAGAGAUGUCUGGAGCCCUCAGGAAAGUAUUGAGAAGAAAAAUAACCAAAUAA